CCCAUUUUUGUUGUCACAGAGAACCUCUAUCUGCUCGAUAUUAUUUCUUCCUCAAGGAACUCUGAAUCUUCACAAACCAGGCCAUUCUACAUCAUCUUCGUUGUCGCCUCGACUCACUCGUUUUCUCUUUCAAUCCACCUAUCCUCAACCUUCUUUUCCUCCGGAUUAAUAUAUCACGGUCUGUUGCUUCAGAACACGCUCAUCCCCUGGCACCCGGGGCGUAGUCGACACAUUGCUGCUGCUUCGCGGUUGUUGUAUGAACAGUCCUCAAGUGCUUCCAGAUCCUGCUUGUUUUUGUCACCAUGCCAGCCCAGGUCCUCAUAAGCUCCGAGGUUGAGCCCCUUUCUCUGAUACCGAAACUGGUGAAGAGUUGCAAAGGCGCAAUAUUGGAUCCACAGGAGCUUAAAAAUCCCACUUUUUCCCUUACUGAACUUGAAGGGUCCCACACCACAGAUGAGGACUUGGAUCACCUUUCGGAUGUGGCUCAGACAGUCCUGAUUGAACAUCCUAUGGACGAUGUUGAGUGUUUCGAGACAACGUGGGCACGAGGCUCCAUUACUUUACCUGCCGAAGAAAGCGCAGAUGUCGAUGAACUCUCUGAUGCCGACGGAUAUCCGACAAGCGAAUCCCCGGCUUAUAUUCUGACAUGGUUUGGGUUGAACAAGAUCGAUUAUCACUUGUACCUCGCUCACAACGAAAGAGGCAUGGACGAUAAUACGAGAUGCAACAGCAUGUUCUUAUUUGAUGGCGAUGAGUGCCGUCCCUGUCUUUACAGUCAGCUAUCUGAUCUACAGACUUAUUAUCCUAACGACAUCGGUGAAGAUAACGACCCUAUUAUGUUGAUCAAUUGCUUGCCUGUUCGUGGUAAUCCUGCUGCUCCCGCUGACAAGGCCUAUAUCUUGGGUUUCGAUUUCGACAGUGGUAAUCUUUUUGUCCGUCAGUUUGCUUGGUUACCGGAAUACAUCGACGACGUCUGGUGCGUCUGGAAUGAGGGCUUUAACCGGUACGAAGUGCAAAUCAAGGCCUUGCGUGAUACCCUCCGGCAGUGCAUUGACGAAUGUAAGCUGGAUCCGGGCGUGGGUAUUCUUAGCAAGGGCAAGUAUGUUGUGGAUAACUGGGAGGGCACGGGAGUCAGUGAGGAUCCCGGCAUGGAGCUGGUGAUUGUCAUCAACUUCUGUCUGUGGGUCGUAGAUAUGGCAGAGCCGCUGAUCCUGCCAUGUGUUCCUGGAGCCGAGUCUCUCAUUGCAGAUUUUCGGAGGUAUGAGGAGGAGUGUCGCAGAAUCUUGGCCUGCGCCUCGGCAAGAUUCUGGAAGCGUGUCCAAAAGGGCUAUACGGAAGAGCAAGAAAGAUGCGAGAAAGCGAGGAGCCGCUACAUCGAUGACUUGAUGACCCUUCACGUCCAUGAAGCACAUGAGCUUGAGAAUGUUAGGGGAUGUGCGCCCAGUCUGGAUACUGCCAGCAAGCUUCGCCAGCAGUACCAAGAUGGGCGAAGAGAAUGCCACGAGCAAGGCUUGCAGGACGUGUUUACCCUGCCAACUAAUGCCAGCGUCCCCAAGUCUCCAGAAUCAACUUUCAGAGAAAUAGUUGAGAGAUCAAAACAGGCAUUGGCGUCGAGCAUACUGACCUCUCCUGCUCCUAAGGCUUCGCAGGCUAAGUCCCGUCACCUUGAUCGGGCUCGAUCACGCAGGGACUGGAUUGCUACAGCAUCAGGGCAUAGCACUUCAUCGAGUGAAGAAGAUAGCUUCUCCGAUGCCUCUGAGUCCCGCAAAUCACCUGUUCCAGUGCUCUUGAGGCGGAUGUCUGACCUUUCACAGGCACAUCCAGAGCUUGACAAUGUCAGUAUCCGAGAACAGUUGGAGACGAUUCUCUCUGAGAUGAAACUGACUACGGGGUGGUUGACUGGUAGCAAGUGUCUCUUAGGAUCAGGCCAUGCAGCUAGCGAGGUCCGAUGA